UCACGCGUUCUUCCUCUUCGAUCGGAGGCGCUCCAGUUCGAAGGAUUAGGGUUUUGCGCGGACACUCAGCCUCUUUCUCAACUCUAGCGGGCUGCUCCGCGCUUGCUUCUCUCCGACAAGGAAUGGGUGGCGUGGCGGUGGAAUCGGAGGAAGAAGAUGAGUUUGAAGCUUCCGAGGAGAUGGAUGGGGAGAACGUUGGCUAUAGUGGUGACGAGUUGGAUGACGAAGAUGAAGAAGCGAGCCAGGACGAGUACGAGCAAGAUGGAUUUAUCGUGGACGAGGUAGAAGAAGAGGAAGAGCUGGAGGAUAGUGACACGGAGAGGCACAGAAGGAGUAAUAAGAAAAAGAAAAGGGAAUCGGAUAAGGGUUUUGUUCUUGACGAGGAUGAUUACGUGUUGCUCGAGGACAACAAUAUUACUGGCUUCCGUCGACCACAAGUUACUAACAAAUUUAAGCGCUUGAAGAAGACUGGAAGGAGCAUUGAGUUGGAGGGGAAAUAUGGGUUAUCGAAUGAAGAGUCAAUUGAUAGGAGUAAUCAGGAUGGAUUCUCAGCUGAAGAAAGACUUAAGCACAGCUUGUUUGGAUUUGAUGAAGUGAUGCUGUCAGAUGAUAUUGCUGAGGAAGAAGAGCACUCGGAAGAUAGGAGUGCUAUUGGAGAUGAAGAUGAAAUGGCAGAUUUUAUUGUGGAUGAAGAUGUCGAUGAAGUUGGUGACCUUGCAACAAAGAAAAGGUUGACAAAGAAGAAAUCACACAAAUUGCCAGGCAUUUCAUCAUCUGCUUUGCAAGAAGCAAAAGAGAUAUUUGGUGACGUUGAUGAGCUUCUUAUGCUACGGAAGCAAGGCCUUGUGUCAAGUGUCGAUGAUGGCAGUUGUGUAGAAAAAAGAUUGGAAGAUGAGUUUGAACCCUUUGUUCUUUCAGAGAAAUACAUGACACUAAAGGAUGUGGCUAUACGAGAGAAAGAUGUACCUGAGAGAAUUCAGUUAUUUGAGGAUAUUACUGGUCCACCUCCAACGGAUGAUAAGAAAAUAGAAGAGGAGAGUCACUGGAUUUAUGAUAUGCUUACUCAUGGCAGUAUCUCACCUUUAGUUGGCUAUGAUGCACUCCAAUAUAUACAUAAGAAGGAGAUUGAAAAUGUCUUGACAAUGAUACAUUUGCAAAAGCUUGAUAUUCCUUUCAUUAGCAUGUAUCGCAAGGAAUUAUGUGGUAGUCUUUUGAAGGAUCUUGAAGAUAAUAUGCAGGAUAGAGAAGAAAUUCAACACAUCAAAUGGCAUAAGAUACUUUGGGCAAUUUGGACGUUAGAUAACAAGUGGUUGUUGCUUCAGAAGAGGUUGAUUGCACUUCGUUCAUACUAUUGUCGGCGUUUUAUAGAGGAAACCCAAAGAGUUGAUGAUGAAGCAAGACAUUCUUUUAAUAAAAUAAUUUUUCAAUCAGUGAUUUCGGCAUUGAAUAAUGCAAAAUUUGAAAGAGAGGUUGAUGACAUAGACGCGAAGUUCAACUUGCAUUUUCCUCCCAGUGAAGAAGAUACAUAUGGUGGGAAAUUUAAGAGACCAAAGAGAAAAUCAACAUAUACCAUUUUGCGUAAAGCUGGGUUAUGGGAGAUUGCAAACAAGUUUGGUGCUAAUUCUGAAACAUUUGGGAUGCUUCUCUCUUUGGAAAAGAUAUCUGAUGAAGUUGAAGAUACUAAAGAAUCUCCUGAAGAAAUGGCUGCAAAUUAUAUAUGUUCAAUGUUUCAAACCCAUAAAGACGUGCUUAGAGGGGCCAGACAUAUGGCAUCUGUGGAUAUUGCCUAUGAGCCUAAUAUUAAAAAACAUGUGCGUGGUAUCUUCAUGGAGACGGCUGUUGUAUCAACCAGUCCUACUCAUCAAGGAAAUCAACAAAUUGAUGCCUAUCAUCUGCUUGGAGGUGUAAAAUGGCUAAGAAAUAAGCCUUUAUCAAAGUUUGUGGAUGGUCAGUGGCUGCUUAUUCAGAAGGGUGAAGAAGACAAGUUGCUUAAAGUCACAAUUAAAUUACCUGAUGAUGUCCUAAAUAAAUUAUUAAGUGAUGCUUUUGAUUGUUAUCUGAGUGAAGGUGUCAGUAGAUCUGCAAAGUCAUGGAAUGACCAGCGGGAAAUGAUAUUGAAAGAUUCAUUUUUCACUUAUAUUUUCCCAUCAAUGGAAAAGGAAGCUCGUUCAUUAUUGACAACUAGAGCCAAGUAUUGGCUUCGUAUGGAAUAUGGGAGGCAAUUGUGGAACAAGAUCUCUAUUGCCCCUUUCCAGUGGAACGACAGUAAUUCAGAGGAUGAGCAUGCAGUGAGAGUAAUGGCUUGUUGUUGGGGAUCUGGAAAAUCUCCAACUACCAUUGUCAUGUUGGAUUCAGAAGGAGAAAUGGUGGAUGUGCUUUAUGUUAAUUCCUUUAGCGUUAAAUCCCAAACUGUUGCUGAUCAACAGAGCAAGAAGAAUGACCAGCUCCAGGUUCUCAAGUUCAUGAUGAAUCACCAGCCACAUGUUGUUUGUGUAGGAGCGGCAAAUAUGGCCUGCAAGAAAUUGUCAGAUGAUAUUUAUGAAGUGAUUUUCAAGAUAGUCGAGGAUCAUCCAACUGAAGUUGGUCGAGAGUUGGAAAACAUCAGGACGGUCUUUGGUGAUGAAACUUUACCUUGCCUUUACGAGAACUCAAGGGUUUCGCUAGAUCAAUUUCCAGGGCAACCAGGUAUUGUGAAACGUGCUGUGGCACUUGGUCGUUAUAUGCAAAACCCUUUGGCUAUGGUGGCAACUCUUUGUGGACCUGGAAAAGAAAUUCUGUCAUGGAAACUUCAUUCCUUGGAUCAUUUUCUUACACCAGAUGAGAAGUAUGAGGUUGUUGAGCAGAUUAUGGUUGAUGCUACUAAUCAAAUUGGCCUGGAUAUCAACCUAGCAGCAAGUCAUGAAUGGCUUUUUGCUCCUCUACAGUUUAUUUCUGGCCUUGGGCCUCGAAAAUCAUCUUCUUUGCAAAAAGCAUUCUUGAGGGCUGGAUUUAUUUCUAAUCGCAAGGAGAUUUCUAUGGGUAAAAUGCUUAAAAAGAGAGUUUUCACUAAUGCUGUUGGAUUUUUACGUGUACGACGAAGUGGUGCAGCGGCUGCCACUAGCCAUAUUAUGGACCUUUUGGAUGACACAAGAAUUCAUCCAGAGUCGUAUGAACUCGCAAAGAAUGUUGCCAAGGAUAUCUAUGAUGAGGAUGAUCCAAAUGAAGCAAAUUUUACUGAUGAUGAUAUGUUGGAGAUGGUGAUCGAACAUGUUAGAGAAAACCCGCAAAUGCUUAAAGUGCUUGAUAUCAAUGAGUAUGCAAAGAGCAUUUUUAAUAGAUAUGGGACCAACAACAAGGAGACACUUUCUGAUAUAAAGAUGGAGCUUUUGAAGGGAUUUCGGGACUACCGGACACCUUUUAAAGAACCUAGUGACAAAGAGAAGUUUGCUAUGCUCUCAGGCGAAACAAAUGAUACCAUUUCAGAAGGGAGAAUUGUUGAAGUCAGAGUGUGCCAUGUAAAUGAGAAUCAAAUCACAUGUGCAUUUGAUUCUGGUGUAAAAGGAAUAGUGUCCUCGCAUGACUACUCGGAUGAAGGAUAUGAUCUUACGAAGGUGCAUAAAGGUGACAUACUUACGUGCAAGAUUCAGCGCAUCAAUACAAAUAGACAUGUGGUUUAUCUGACAUCCAAAGCCAGUGACCUGAGAAAUGGUACAUAUAAUCUUCAUAAUCGCGAUCCUUAUUACGUUGAGGGUGUGGUCAGUGGGAUUAGAAAAACAGAGGUCUCAAAGAGCAACAGACUUGCAAUGAAUCAUUUCACACCGAGGAUGAUUGUUCAUCCCUGUUUCCAAAAUCUGUCAGCUGAUGAGGCCACAAAGUACCUCUCUGACAAAAAACCUGGUGAGAGUAUUAUACGUCCCAGUUCCAAAGGGCUAUCUUUUUUGACAUUGAUGCUAAAAAUCUUUGAUGGAGUUUAUGCUCACAAACAAAUCAUAGAGAGUAAAAAAGAUCGCACAGAUAUGACAAGCUUACUCCGUCUCGGAAAGACACUUACAAUUGAUAAAGACACUUUUGAAGAUCUUGAUGAGAUCAUGGACCGAUUUGUCAAUCCAUUGGUGACCCAUUUGAGAAGAAUGCUUGGUUAUCGUAAGUUCAGAAAAGGAACUAGGAAAGAGGUUGAUGAUCUGCUAAGAGCAGAGAAGAUAGCAAAUCCAAUGCAGAUAGUGUACUGUUUUGGGGUUUCUCAUCAGCAUCCUGGGACUUUUAUUCUAUCAUAUAUUAGGAAUGCAAAUCCACAUCAUGAGUGUAUUGGGCUAAUUCCUAAAGGAUUCAGGUUUAGGAAUAAGGAUUUUGACGACAUCAACCGGCUUGUGCUUCAUUUUCAGAAGAAUAUAAACAAACCACCACUUGGUCAAUGCCCAUCUUCACGAACAUUUGCUGCAGUUGUACCAUUGAAAAGUUAUACAUGGGCAGCUUCAGACGGCAGCGGAUAUACAGGUGACAAAUUUGACUCCAGAAAUACUAACAGUCUAGAUGGUCAUCGUAAUGGUAGAGGACAUGAUUGCCAAACUUAUACAAAUGACGACGCAAACAAUUCUGGUGGUGACAAAGUUCAGAACUCAGCUGGAAGAGAAUCUUCCGGUUGGAAUAAUAGAGGCACGGGUGGCGAUCAGGGCGUGUAUAAUAGUGGUGGUGCUUGGCAAGGCGGAUCAUGUACAAAGGCUGGCUUUAGCUCGGCAAGCACCGGCAACAAUGGAGAUUGGAGUGAAUAUGGCACUGGAAAUGGAAGGGCCGUAGAAAAUAGUAGUAUUCCUGCUGGGUGGGCUGUGGAUAGUAGUGUUGGCUGGGGCAGUGGUGGAACUGAGGGGAAGUGGGGAAGUGGGGAAGUUGCACCUGGUGGUGGUGAAUCUACUUUGGAUGGAAGCCAGAGAAGUUGGCAUGGAAGAGGCAACAGCACUGGUGACAAAUUUGACUCCAGAAAUACUAACAGUCUAGAUGGUCAUCGUAAUGGUAGAGUACAUGAUUGCCAAACUCAUACAAAUGACGACGCAAACAAUUCUGGUGGUGACAAAGUUCAGAACUCAGCUGGAAGAGAAUCUUCCGGUUGGAAUAACAGAGGCACGGGUGGCGAUCAGGGCGUGUAUAAUAGUGGUGGUGCUUGGCAAGGCGGAUCAUGUACAAAGGCUGGCUUUAGCUCGGCUAGCACCGGCAACAAUGGAGAUUGGAGUGAAUAUGGCACUGGAAAUGGAAGGGCCGUAGAAAAUAGUAGUAUUCCUGCUGGGUGGGCUGUGGAUAGUAGUGUUGGCUGGGGCAGUGGUGGAACUGAGGGGAAGUGGGGAAGUGGGGAAGUUGCACCUGGUGGUGGUGAAUCUACUUUGGAUGGAAGCCAGAGAAGUUGGCAUGGAAGAGGCAACAGCACUGGUAACUGGAGAGGAGGCAAUGAUGAUAGUCCUGGCUGCAGUAGCAGGGGCAGAGGAAGGGGAAGGGGAAGGGGAAGGGGCAGAGGUAGGAACAGCAAUGAUUCUGCACAAGGAAAUGAUAGUGCUUACAGUGGAUGGAGCAUUGCAGGUGGCACCAGUUGGAGCAACAAUGGAGGUAGAAUCGGCAGAGGAGGCUGGAAUGAAAGAGGCAGGGGUGGUCGUGGUCGUAGUUGGAGAGGUGGUAAUGCUGGUGGCCGUAGUGGGAGAGGAAGCAGUGGCUGCGGCGGUGGUGAUGGUGGCACCAAUACAGGUGGCUGGCUUGAGAGGGGAAGUGGUUUUGCUGCCAGCAGCUGUGAGAAAUCAACAGGGGCUAAUGGCAGCAACGAUGGUUGGGGUGGCUGGGGAGGAGUUACGAAUGGUAAUGCUAGACCUGGAUGGGGUGGUAAUAAUGGCGGUGGUGCUGAAAAAAGUGGCUGGGGUGACUGGGGCAGUGGCAGUGGCCAGGGUGGUAAAGAAGAGGGCGGUAAGGUUGUUGGUGGUGGUGAUUGGGGAGCUACUUCUGUUAAUGGCGGAGGUGGCUGGGGUGGCAAAACUGGUGGCUCUCACAUCGAAGCUAGUAGAUGGGGUGGAAAUACUGCCGGAGGCAAUGCUGAUUCUGGAGGUGGCUGUGGCGGUGGUGAUGGUGGCACCAAUACAGGUGGCUGGCUUGAGAGGGGAAGUGGUUUUGCUGCCAGCAGCUGUGAGAAAUCAACAAGGGCUAGUGGCAGCAACGAUGGUUGGGGUGGCUGGGGAGGAGUUACGAAUGAUAAUGCUGGACCUGGAUGGGGUGGUAAUAAUGGCGGUGGUGCUGAAAAAAGUGGCUGGGGUGACUGGGGCAGUGGCAGCAGCCAGGGUGGUAAAGAAGAGGGCGGUAAGGUUGUUGGUGGUGGUGAUUGGGGAGCUACUUCUGUUAAUGGCGGAGGUGGCUGGGGUGGCAAAACUGGUGGCUCUCACGUCGGAGGUGGCUGGGGUGGCAAAAUUGGUGGCUCUCAUGUCGAAGCUAGUAGAUGGGGUGGAAAUACUGCCCGAGGCAAUGCUGAUUCUGGAGGUGGCUGGGGUGGCAUUAGGACUAGUGAAGUUGGUCGUGGGUGGGGUGGCAAAACAAGUGGAGGCACUGCUGGAUCAUCCGGCAGUUGGGGCAGUGGCAAAAGUAGUGAAGUUGGUAAAAAAGGUAGCUACGCUGGGGCUGGUGAUUCUGGUUGUGAAGCCGGUGGUGGGUGGGGGAAUAAAACUAUUGUAGAGAAUGCUGGAUUUUCUGGAGGCUGGAACGAUGGCAAGACUACUGACAUCAGUAGCAAGGAUGGUUGGGUUGGAGGUGGUGGCUCUCAGGGCAAAGCCGAUGGCACGUGGGGUAGUAAAACUAGUAGAGACAAUGCUGGUUCUGGCUGUUGGAGUGGUGGUAAAACUAAUGACAAUGAUAGCAAGGAUGGCUGGGGAAGAAGUGGUGCCUCUCGCGGCAAAGUUGGUGGUGGCUGGGGUGGUAAAACCUGUGGAGACAAUACUGGUGCCGAGGGUGGUAGUAAAACUACUAGAGACAAUGCUGGUUCUGGCUGUUUUGGUGGUCAUAAAACUAACAACAAUGAUAACAAGGAUGGCUGGGGCAAAAGUGGUGCCUCUCGCGGCAAAGAUGGUGGUGGCUGGGGUGGUAAAAUCUGUGGAGACAAUACUGGUGCCGAGGGUGACUGUGGAGGUAAAACUAACAGCAACGAUAGCAACUAUGGCUGGGGCAGAAGUGGUGCCUCUAGUGGCAAAGUUGGUGGCUGGAAUGGUAAAACCUGUGGAGACAAUGCCGGUGUCGAUGGUGGCUGUGGUGGUAGUAAAACUAGUAGAACUGAUUCUGGCUGUUGGGGUGGUGGUAAAACUAACAACGAUAGCAAGGAUGGCUGGGGCAGAAGUGGUCCCUCUCGUGGCAAAGAUGGUGGUGGCUGGGGUGGUAAAACCUGUGGAGACAAUGCUGGUUCCGAUGGUGGUAAAACUAGUGACAGCAGUAGCAAGGGAGGUGGUGGCGGUGGCUGGAUUUAA